AUGCGUUCUUAUUUAGCGCUGUCCUCGCAAUGGACAGCGUUGUUUGUCCUAUUAUCUGCGUUGUGUUGUCUGUUUACACCAGCUGUGACUGUUAAGCACGAGAACUUUAAGACUUGUGAUCAAUCAGGAUUCUGCAAACGAAACCGAGCUUAUGCUGAUACUGCUGCUGGGGCGUCUGGCUGGAGCGCCCCCUACCAAAUCGCGCCCGAGUCCCUGAGCUGGGAUAAUGGACAAUUGCAAGGCACAAUCCUCAAAACAAUCAACAAGAAUGGCGAAACGGUCAGGCUACCAAUCACCAUUUCAUUUCUAGAGUCGGGAUCCGCGCGAGUAACAGUCGACGAGGAGAAGCGCCAGAAGGGCGAAAUCGACCUUCGACACAACAGCAUUGCUCGAAAGGAGCGUUAUAAUGAGGUUGAGUCUUGGGCCAUUGUUGGAGGCCUUGAGCUGAGUAAGACUGCGACUGAGUCGAGAGAUACUACCAAGACCACUAUUACCUAUGGCCCGGAAGGGAAGUUCGAAGCGGUUAUAACAUUUGCUCCUUUCGGAGUCGAGUUCAAGAGGGAUGCUGCUACUCAAAUUAAGUUUAAUGAUCGGGGCUUGCUGAACAUGGAACACUGGCGGCCAAAGAUUGAUAAAGCAGAGCCAGAAAAAAAGGAAGGCGAAGAGGCACCAGCUGCCGAUGAGGAAAGCACCUGGUGGGACGAAUCAUUUGGUGGCGCAACGGACUCUAAACCGCGAGGGCCCGAGAGUGUUGCAUUGGAUAUCACAUUUCCUGGAUAUGAGCAUGUUUUUGGUAUCCCAGAGCAUGCUGGACCUAUGUCCCUGAAAGAGACACGAGGCGGAUCCGGAAACUACGAGGAUCCAUACCGCCUUUACAAUUCUGAUGUCUUUGAGUAUAUAACCGAUAGCCCCAUGACUCUCUACGGCAAUAUCCCUUUCAUGCAGGCCCACCGCAAGGACUCGACAGUCGGUGUGUUUUGGCUCAACGCCGCAGAGACAUGGAUUGAUAUCGUCAAACAAAAGGAGGCUCAUAACCCCUUGAGCCUUGGCAUUGGAUCUAAGACCGAUACUAAAACGCAUUGGAUAUCUGAGAGUGGCUUGCUCGACGUUUUCGUCUUCCUCGGCCCAACUCCAAAAGACGUCACUAAAGCUUACGGAGAACUUACUGGGUACACCCAGCUCCCACAAUCGUUCUCUAUCGCCUAUCAUCAAUGCCGCUGGAAUUAUAAUACUGAUGAGGAUGUGAAGGAUGUUGAUCGAAAGAUGUCAAAACAUCAGAUACCUUAUGAUGUUAUCUGGUUAGAUAUUGAGUACACGGAUGAUAAGCAGUACUUCACAUGGGACCCUCUCCAGUUCCCUGAUCCUAUCGGAAUGUUAAAUCACCUUGACAAGUCCGAGAGGAAGCUGGUGGCUAUUAUCGACCCUCAUAUCAAGAACAAAGAUGGGUACCCCAUUGUAGAGGACCUGAAGAAGAAAGAUCUCGCUGUCCACAACAAGGAUGGUAACAUCUACGAAGGAUGGUGCUGGCCUGGGUCAUCUCAUUGGGUUGACUGCUUUAAUCCUGCUGCUAUUAAAUGGUGGGUUGGCCUCUUCAAAUAUGAUGCCUUCAAGGGCUCCCUAUCAAACCUGUUCGUAUGGAAUGAUAUGAAUGAACCUUCGGUUUUCAAUGGUCCAGAAACAACCAUGCCAAAAGAUAACCUCCAUUACGAGAACUGGGAGCAUCGAGACGUACACAAUCUCAACGGCAUGACUUUCCAUAACGCAACAUACCAAGCUCUGCUCGAACGAAAGAAGGGAGAAAUCCGUCGGCCUUUCGUACUCACCCGCGCCUUUUACUCAGGUAGCCAGCGUCUCGGGGCAAUGUGGACUGGCGAUAACCAAGCCAGCUGGGAACAUCUCGCCAUCGGCUUCCCAAUGAUUCUGAACAAUGGCAUUGCAGGAUACCCAUUUGCUGGUGCCGAUGUAGGCGGAUUCUUCGGUAAUCCAGAGAAAGACCUCCUUACCCGUUGGUACCAAGCUGGAGCAUUUUAUCCAUUCUUCCGUGGACAUGCCCACAUCGAUACUCGUCGAAGAGAACCGUAUCUCGCAGGUGAACCUUACACCGAGAUCAUGACCCGCGCACUUCGUCUCCGGUAUGCCCUUCUUCCAGCCUGGUACACCGCCUUCCAUGAAGCCAGUGUCGAUGGGACGCCCAUUAUCCGCCCACAGUACUUUGUGUAUCCUGGCGAUGAGGAUGGAUUUGCCAUUGACGACCAGUUCUUCGUCGGUGGUACCGGCCUCCUCGCCAAACCCGUGGUGACAGAGGGAGCAGAGAGCGUGGAUAUCUACCUUGCUGACGAUGAAAUUUACUACGACUACUUUGACUACGAGAAGUAUUCUGGAAGAGGAUUGAAGACUAUCCCCGCUCCCCUCGAGAAGAUCCCCCUUUUGAUGCAAGGCGGGCAUAUCAUUCCUCGCAAAGAUCGCCCAAGGCGUAGCAGUGGACUCAUGAAAUGGGAUCCUUACACGCUCGUUAUCGUUCUCGGCAAUGACGGCACUGCGACUGGAGAGCUUUAUGUUGAUGAUGGCGAGACCUUUGAUUAUCAAUCGGGCGCUUAUAUCCACCGUACCUUCGAGUAUAAAGAUGGUGUUCUUGCAAGCACGAACAUCGGUACGAAGGGCAAGCUGACAGAUAAAUACUUGAAGGCGAUGAAGAGUGUGACUGUGGAGAGGGUUGUAGUUGUCGGUGCUCCCAAGGGUUGGGAAGGCAAGAAGACCGUUAAGGUCGGUAGCGGUGAAGCAAACCUGGAGUUCCAUGGAGAGGAGGGCAAUAAGGCUGCCUGGGCGGUAGUCAAGAAGCCUCAAAUUAGCAUUGGGGAGGACUGGAAGAUCGAGUUCUAA